CCUGGCCGCCUCACCGCCUCAGGUGUCGAAACCCCAACCUCCCGAUCCAGUCUAGAGCCACACUAAACCCAAUCCAGGGAGCUUCCGUCACGGUCAUCGCCAAUCUGGCCAGGCUGGAACUAUUCACAUGUCACUGCACUCUUAUUCAAACGUCCCAGAGUCUGCCGCUUCUUCAUUUGACCGUCACCUCUGGUAGAUGCAGGUCCUCACCCCUGGUGACUGGUGAAAGUUAUUGUUUUCAGAGAUUGAGUGUCUCUGAUUGCAUCCUAUCUAUUAAGCUCGCAACAUGGCCGGCUCCCGGCCAUCGUCCCCCCGUUGGACCCUCUUAUUGUCGUUGGUGAUUGUCCUUGGAUGUCUCGUCAUCCCAGGAUUCUCCGUGAAACACGAGAGUUUCAAGACAUGCUCACAGUCGGGGUUCUGUAAGCGGAACCGAGCGUUCGCCGACGAUGUCACCGCGAAGGGCGCAACUUGGUCCUCCCCUUACGAGCUCGAAUCCUCCUCCAUCCAAUUCAAGGAUGGACAGCUCCACGGAACCGUUCUCAAAUCUCUAUCCGCGGACGAAAAGGUCCGGUUGCCCCUCGUGAUCUCUUUCCUGGAGUCAGGCGUUGCACGGGUCACCGUCGAUGAGGAGAAGCGCUUGAAGGGCGAAAUCGAGCUUCGACACAACAGCCCGGCACGCAAGGAACGAUACAAUGAGGUCGAGAAAUGGGCUUUGGUUGGUGGCUUGGACUUGAGCAAGACCGCGGCCUUGGAGCCAGAAACCGAAGCUGGAGUUACCCGGGUCUUGUACGGUCCAGACAACAAGUUCGAAGCAAUCAUUCACCACAACCCCUUCAAGGCGGAAUUCAAGCGGGAUGGACAAACCCACGUCCAAUUGAACCAUCAGGGAUACUUGAACAUGGAGCAUUGGCGGCCUAAGGUCGAGGCUCCGGAGGGCAGCGAUCAAGAGCCUUCGGAAGACGAGAGCACCUGGUGGGAAGAGAGCUUCGGAGGUAACACGGACUCGAAGCCCAAGGGCCCCGAGAGUGUCGGAUUGGACAUUACCUUCCCUGGCUACAGCCAUGUUUUCGGUAUUCCCGAGCACGCCGACUCCAUGUCUUUGAAGCAGACUCGCGGUGGUGAUGGCAACCACAAUGAACCUUACCGCAUGUACAACUCGGAUGUGUUUGAGUAUGAGCUCAACAGCCCGAUGACCCUCUAUGGCUCCAUUCCAUUCAUGCAGGCUCACCGUAAGGACUCUACCGUCGGCGUCUUCUGGCUGAACGCCGCAGAGACCUGGGUAGACAUUGUCAAGGCCACCUCGUCUCCCAACCCUCUUUCCCUUGGUGUGGGCGCCAAGACAGACACCCAGAGUCACUGGUUCUCUGAGUCUGGCCAGAUCGAUGUUUUCGUUUUCCUGGGCCCGACACCGCAAGACAUCAGCAAGUCAUAUGGUGAACUCACCGGGUUCACUCAGUUGCCUCAACAUUUUGCUAUCGCGUACCACCAGUGUCGCUGGAAUUACAUCACCGAUGAGGAUGUCAAGGAGGUCGAUCGCAACUUUGACAAGUACCAGAUCCCCUACGACAUCAUCUGGCUGGACCUCGAGUACACUGAUGACAGGAAGUACUUCACCUGGGAUCCGCUUACCUUCCCUGAUCCUAUCAGCAUGGAGAAGCAGCUCGAUGAGUCUGAGCGUAAGCUCGUGGUUUUGAUCGAUCCUCAUAUCAAGAACAAGGAUGGGUACACUAUCUCGGAAGAACUGAAGAGCAAGAACUUGGCCACUAGGAACAAGGAUGGCGAGAUCUAUGAUGGCUGGUGUUGGCCUGGCUCGUCGAACUGGAUUGAUACUUUCAACCCGGCAGCCAUCAAGUGGUGGAUGGGCUUGUUCAAAUAUGAUAAGUUCAAGGGCACCCUGUCAAAUGUCUUCAUCUGGAAUGACAUGAACGAGCCAUCCGUUUUCAACGGCCCCGAAACCACUAUGCCCAAGGACAACCUGCACCAUGAGAACUGGGAGCAUCGCGAUAUUCACAAUGUGCAUGGUGUCACUUUGGUCAAUGCUACCUACAAUGCAUUGUUGGAGCGCAAGAAGGGCGAAGUCCGCCGACCCUUCAUUUUGACCCGCUCUUACUAUGCCGGUGCUCAACGGAUGUCAGCCAUGUGGACGGGUGACAACCAGGCGACCUGGGAUCACUUGGCUGCCUCGCUGCCAAUGGUGUUGAACAAUGGUAUCGCGGGUUUCCCGUUUGCCGGUGCUGAUGUCGGUGGCUUCUUCCAGAACCCGAGCAAGGAACUCUUGACCAGGUGGUACCAGACCGGUAUCUGGUAUCCGUUCUUCCGCGCCCACGCUCACAUUGACACCCGCAGACGCGAGCCGUACUUAGUUGCUGAGCCUUUCCGAUCCAUCAUUGCGCAGGCCAUCCGCCUGAGAUACCAGCUCUUGCCUGCCUGGUAUACCGCCUUCCACGAAGCUUCGGUGAACGGGAUGCCGAUUGUGCGGCCCCAAUACUAUGUUCAUCCUACCGACGAGGCAGGCUUUGCUAUUGACGAUCAGCUCUAUCUCGGCAACACGGGUCUUCUUGCCAAGCCGGUGGUGGCAGAGGAUGCUACCAGUGUUGACAUCUACCUUGCUGACGACGAGAAGUACUAUGAUUACUUCGACUAUACCGUCUACCAAGGAGCAGGCAAGCGGCAUACUGUGCCCGCUCCUAUGGAGAAGAUACCUUUGCUGAUGCAGGGCGGCCAUGUCAUCCCUCGUAAGGAUCGCCCACGCCGCAGCAGCGGACUGAUGAGAUGGGAUCCCUACACUCUUGUUAUCGCUUUGGACAAGAACGGCCACGCUGACGGUACCCUCUACGUUGAUGAUGGCGAGACGUUUGACUACGAGCGUGGCGCUUACAUCCACCGCCGAUUCGCCUUCCGUGAUUCUGCUCUGUCGUCCGAAGAUCUGGGUGUGAAGGGUCCCAAGACGAACGAAUAUGUGAAGAAAAUGGCUGGGGUUCGCGUGGAGCGGGUCAUUGUUGUCGACCCACCCAAGGACUGGCAGGACAAGGCCAGCGUGACGGUGAUUGAGGAGAACGCCAAAGCUGCCACCACCGCCUCGAUUGAAUAUCACAGCCAGCAGGACGGUAAGGCUUCGUAUGCGGUGGUCAAAAACCCGAACGUGGCCAUUGGCAACUCGUGGCGGAUUGAGUUUUGAUUUUGGGAGCGAUAGACGAGUGGAUUCCGAUAGUAUAUCAAACUCCAGGCCCAUUCUGGCCAAGGCUAC